CACAAGUUUGGCGCAAGUGUCGGCUGUUUGUAAAUAUUGACAAUUGACAUUGCGUGAGAAGUGGGAAGACGCAAUGAGCGAGUCAGAAGGGAAGAAAGAAGAGGCAGAAACAAAGAAAAUUAUCCAUACGUAUCCAUUAGUAAGGCACUGCGAUAUGAUUGACGAGAUGAGAGGAGAAGCAAUGGAACUUUGUGUAACAGCAUGUGAGAAGCAUGCUGCGAACAACGAAAUGGCUGCUCGCAUGAUUAAGGAGGCAAUGGAUAAAAAGUUUGGACCAUCCUGGCAUGCUGUUGUUGGUGAAGGCUAUGGCUUUGAAAUAUCUUAUGAGUGCAAGAAUCUUUUGUACAUGUUUUUUGGUGGUAAUGUUGGUGUCUGUGUUUGGAAAUGCUCUUGAAUCUCCCUAAUAUACAUGUACUUGACUGACUGGUGGUGGUGGUGGUGGUGGUGGUGGAGCCCUUGAUUUAUCAAUUGUGCAUGAAUAAAAGUUUCCAGCUUUCAGCUUGUGGAGAGAUGAAGUGCUUAUCAUUAAGCAAAACAGAGUAAUUACAAAGUGGAUGUUGCUAAUAACAGGAGAUGAGUGCCAAAAGAAUAGUCCCAAAACAGAAAUAUUUGUCAGUAGCACAAAUGGAAAAAUAUACUGAAUCCCCUGCUUUUGGGCAUGGCAGCAAGAAUUUUAGAAUGAAAUGUAAGAAGGGGAAAAGUAAAGCAAAAAUUAAAAUGUGACAUUUUGUUAGAAACAAUUACACUGAAUGACUUGUUAUUUCUACACAGAUUAAUUUAUUCUCAUGCCACAUUUUUACUUUGUCUUUCUCCAUUACUUUUCCUUUAUAAGCACGUACUCAUCCCCUGUCUGGAUUGUUGCUGAUAUUUGUACCAGACUGCUUUAAGAGAAGGAAUAGUUUGGUGUGAGCAUGGUAUUAAAGAAUAUCUUUGUGAUAUCCUCUUUUUUAAGACAAUACAAAGACAUCUAUCUUACAACAAACUUUUCCCUCCAUUACUGUUGCAACUUGUCUAUUAACUAUAGUUUCUAUCUUGUUGAAAACUAUUGCAGGUUUAAUGCAUUUAGCACACACUGUACAGAAUGAAUAUAUCUGCACUCUAUUAUUAUUAUUAUUAUUAUUAUAUUAACAAUGGAAAUGAGUUACUUGUGUAUUAUUAAGAGCAUUUGUUAACAGUACAAAUAUUACUCUUUUGGUACAGCCAUUUCAUUUUGUUCGCUAUGUUACUUAUAGGAGGCUGGUAUCAGUACAUAAUCUAUGAAUAUAUUUUGGUAAACAGCAUAUUUUAUUUUACAGUUAUUUGUAAUUAUCCUUAUUAUUCACCUGUCGGUUAUGUUAUUGUUGAGUUAAUUGUAUGGUAAGGAUAUGUAAGUAUAUUUUACAUUAUGUAACUACCUGAUACAUUUUGUAUAAAUAAUUAGUUUCCUGGUGUGGUGAAAUUUUCUAAUGAAGCUCCUCCUGAAAACGGUGGGGAGGGGAGAAAGCACAGGAAUGCAACAUUGCCUAAAGACAUAAGUUUAUAUGUAAGUGGUAGACAUCACAAGGAAAAUACAACCACAAAGUAUAAUGUUCUGCAAAGGUAACGAAAGCAUUGAAACUGCGAGGUAGUGAUUUUAUGUUCAAUGAAGAAGGAGGAAGCAUUAAUAAAUUAGUUUUUAAAAAGCAGAUUUCUUGCUGCAGUGCACAAAUUAGUAGCUCAUUAUAUCUUUAAUGUUGUUAUUAAUGAUAAUGGAACUUACUGGUUGGAACAGCUAGAAAAAGAGCCAGAGCUCAAAUGCUUAUUUUACAUAAUCUCAUUAUUAAUACUUUCUGAAGCCAUAAAAUUUUUUCUUGAGAUAACAAGGCUGGUAUUGAGAAAGUAAGUUAAUAUGAAGUAAACCUUAAUAAUGCAGAGAUAGCAUUGAUUCAAUGAAAAGAAUAUAAUUUCCUCAAGGGUCUAAGUUAGCCUAUUACUUAAAUGUUCCAUGUACUUUGGAGAUGCAUGAGCAUGAGCAAUAAAAUUAUAUCAAGGGAUUUAAUGUUAUCAACAAACAAAGAACAGUUUCAGCGACUGAGGUGUACUGACUGUUCUGGACGUUGUCAACUUCAGCUGAUGGUGCUGUUCUGAAGAUGGCCUAAGACUAGGCCAAAACUGGUCAUUUUAAAUAAAAUAAACAUCACGAUUUAAGCUGUUUUUUCAACUAUUUUAUAAACAAAAUUUGUAUCUGUUUGAGAUUUAGAGUGCAAAAGCCCUAGAAGAUGGGUCUUGUGACAAGUAAGAUGUCUUCUUAUCUCACUGAUACAUUGCCAUAUUUCCUAAGUGCACUUUCAUGUUUGCAGUUAGAAAGAUAAAUCUUGAUACAAAGAGCGGCAGUCAAACAUCUUAGUGUGAUGUUAACAUUAUGACCUUCGUUCCUUCUCUUGUAUGGCUACUACUAUACUUGUGUUUUGUGUAAAGCUGCACAUUUUGUACAUGUUUAUGUGCAUAUUUUUAUAAGAUUUUAAAAGAACUGAACCAAUUAGACAUUGAUUUGUUGACACCAAGAAAGAGUGUAAAUUGACUGUCAACCAUUUAAGUUCAUUAAUGUGAAAGACUCUUAAGUUUUUCUAUGCAUAUAUGAAGACAGGAAUAUGUGUGUACUCUCCUCUCCUCUACCCCACAUCUCUUGCAUACAGACUUGUAUACUUCAGUGUUGAAGUUCAUGCAAGAGUAAUGUACACCACUAAAUAUUGACUUCUAGGUGGAAAAAUGGAACAGAGUAUAUUAAUAUAAACCAAAUGGUUAGGAGAAAAAAGUGAUGAUCUUACAAGAAAGUGUCAGUGGAAGUCUCAGUAUUUUGGAUAGGUAGUGCUUCCCUUCAAUUACUGUUCAUUCUAGAAAUCCAAUAAUAUCUCCAGUCACUUCAUAGAUUCUUAGGCCUACCCCAGAACCUCUCCCCUGAGUCUAUUUGUCUCUGCACCCCUGUCACUCCCUGCACUCCUAUCAUCUACAUUCUUCCUGAAGUCCAUAAACCAACCACCCAGGAUGCCCUCUUGUGGCUAGUUACUGUGUCCCACUGAGAGAAUAUCUGUUCACUUGGACCAGCACCUUCAACCCUUUGCCCAUAAUGUAACCUCAUGAUAUGGACAGAGGGAGAGGACAUGCUCUUUACAUUCCUCCAGAACCUCAACACCUUCUUCCCCAUUUGCUUCAUCUGGUCCUCAGUCGAACAGAGUCCACCUGCCUUGGUGUUGACCUCCACCUCAAGGAUGGCUACAUUGUCAGUGCCUGUGUCCAUAGCUAACCUACCUACCAACCACCAACAAUACCUCCACUUCAGCAGCUGCACCAAUUCCGUACAAGAAGUCCCUUCACAGGCUAGACACCCAUGGCCAUUGCAUCUGUAGUGAUGGGCAGUCCCUCUCGGAAUAUAACAAAUAAACAUAAAAUUACCCUCCCACUGUUGUCAUGAAACAGAUGUCCUAUGUCUUAUCUCUCCAAGUCACCUCUCGCAUUCCCACUGUUCAGCCACAAAGGAACACUCCUCUCAUGACUCAGUGCCACCAAGGACUGGAGCAACUGAUCAUAUUCUCCACCAGGGUUUCAGCUCUGAAUUGAGGAACAUCCUACCCACUAUUUUCCCAUCCCUACUACAUUGGUAUUCUGCAGCCCACCAAAUUUAGUAGGCAAUAUCGUUGCCCAUCCCUACUCCACCCCAGCUUCCAACCCCUUGCCUUAUGGCCUGUAUCCCUGUAAUAGAUCUACCUGCACGGCCUGUCCCAUACACCCUCCCACCAGUAUCUACUCCAGUCUGCAUCUCUUAUUCCAUCAGAGGUAGGGCCACCUGUGAAAGCAGUCAUGUGAUUUUCAAACUAAGCUGCAACCACUAUGCUGCUUUCUACAUGGGCAUGACAAACAACAAGGUGUCUGCCUGUACGAGUGUCAACUGACAAACUGUGGCCAAGAGACAGCUGUAACUCAAGCACCACAUACUACACAGCCUUCUGUUGUACCAACGCACCCACCAAUCUUUUUUCCCCUUCUCUACUUGUCCCCUUCUCUCCUUUUUUCCGCACCCAUUACAUCCCUACACACUUCCACAAGUGGCACUAAACUUCUCUCACCCGUAACCUCCUAUCCGUCCACCUCCUGACCCUCACCUCCUCCAUACCCCACCACCCUCAUGAGAUUGUUCCUCCCAUGAGGCACUGCUGCAGUGCACCGGCCUCAGUGGCCAGAAACAGUGACUGGGUGUCUGAUUUGUGCUUGUGUGAAUGUUUGUUUUCUAAUGCAGAAGAAGGCAUUUUGGCUGAAAUCCGAAAUGUAUGGCAGUCUUUUUCAUUGUACCUGUCCAUGACUCAGUGUCUCUUCUAUAGGGUGAGUAGCAAUGUAUUCUUUUCAUGAUAUUUUCAGCAUUUCACUUGUCUCAUACAUCUUGUGUACUAUGUAGUGUACAGUGGCUGUUCUCCCAGGAAUAUCAAUAAUUUGGGGGGGGGGGGGGGGGGGGAUGUUGUGUACUUCUGAUCCUUUUCCCUUAGGUUUACGUGGGUCUCAUAAUGAUCUGUCACAUUCUUCUUGCAGUAUUACAUCUGGCAAUUUAUCUUUAUCUACUUCCUCUUGCCUUUCCGUAAUAAAAUCUUCAAUUUUCUGUCCUUUGGAUAGCACUUCUUUAUAGUUCUUCCAUGUUUCAGCCCUCCUUUAUUUGUUUUCUGGGAGAACUCUUGACAUUCACACAGCUGCUUUUCACUAAAUGUUUCUUCAUCUUCUUCUUCUUCUU